AUGUUGUGACUUUGCCGUGUAUGUAAAUAUAUGCCGUGCCAAUUUGCAAUGAACUUCAGUUGCAUCCCGAUACCUCAUCGUUCCGCUUGUUGCAAGUUUUUAAAAUGAUUGGACUUUUUCAAGCUGCAAAAUCAUGCAGUAUAAUUAUUACCGCAUUAAUAAUAUGUGUCGACAUGGGAUCAGCAGAUAAAUUCAGCGGACUCUGUCCACCAAGUUAUCCGCGAUUGGUAGUUCACAAUUCUACAGGACAAUGUUUUCAAGUUGGAAAUAAAGGUCCAUGCAGCAGUCUGUCCGUUAUUGCAUCCGAUCCGCUAAAUCCUAAUUAUGGAAUUUGUCGCUGUAAGGAUUAUGGUUCAAACAACUGCUUUGGUCGUCCCCUAAUUCCUCACAAGGACAGAUGCUAUUUCGAAUUUAGUCAGGGUCCAUGCAAGAAAAGUCAGUGGUUCAUAAGGAACAAGUAUGGAAAUGCAGAAUGCCGGAAAAUGCCGUGCCCCAUCAUUGAACGGCAACGAGACCUUUUAUUCUCCGAAUUUCCAGAAACUGAUUUUUAUUUCACAAUUGCUGGAGGGAAACAGUGCUUUAAAACUGGAACACAAGCAUUUUGCAAUUUUGGAGAACGAGUCUACUUUCUUGGGACAAACAGAUUUCCUUCGUGUUUAAGAUAUGACCCAUACAAUUGCAACGCAAUUCUUUCUCCAGGAUCUGGUAUCGGCGAUGAUUAUUAUUACGGAGACCAUUUCAAUCCAAAUCAAGAACCUGUGGCGUUUGGUGUUCCGUAUGAUGGAAUAUAAUGCAAACAAUCUGAUAUAAAUUACCUUGUCAGUUUUUUUGUAACAAUUUAUCAGGGUUAUUUGUUACUUACAUUGUUGAAGUUUUUUGUUGUACACUAUUAUUCUUAUAAUUUAAUCGUGAUGAUAGGUUUUAUUUACCUGUAAUAAUAGUUUGUUGGAUCAAAUUCAUGAAUUUUUUGUUCGAGCAUGAGCAGGGUAGUUAUUAGUACAAUGACUGUUCGUUAUACAAACAUACGUAGAGUUAUAAGUAGAUGACUGGUAAACCCUUAGUGAGUUUCAGGUGGGUCGAUCUAGUUGUACGUCGAUCUUAAUUUUUUCAAGAUUUACAAAUUACAUAAGGGAUUAAUAACUUGAAUGUAUACGAUACAUUUUGACAGCUUUUUUGCUUGUAGUGAAUAAUGAUAGCACACAACAAACAAACUCGUGAUAUGAUUGGGACAAAGGAAACAACGUCGUCUACCUGACUCUUAUGAUAAUAAUAUUAUUAUUUCCUACAUGGAUAGCGCGUCAUUCUGAAACGAAUACAAUUCAAUUUUAGGACAAUUAUAACCCGUGAUUGUGGAAAUAUGUAUUUAGGUACAGAAAGUUAUUUGUUAAAAUAUGUACAUUGCAUACCCAUGAUUCCCCUGUAAUAGUAAUUUUCUUACUAUAUUUAACAUAGCUCACUUACCAGGGAAUAAUAAACGACUUGUUUGAGAGCAUGACUUCAAGACUUCUCAUUAUGAUGCCAUGUUACAAUUAAUAUAAUAUGGUGACCCUUGACAUAACCAUCAAAGAUCACAUUUAUGCAUACACAUGCAUUAUACGGUAUAUGAAUAUGCAGUACAUCUACAUAUAUAUAUUUAUAUAUAUAUCAACAUAGCUUUUAUCACCAGUAACCCAUUUUGUGAUUUUAAUAGUAAGACAUGAGUACGAUCUGUUGCAUCGUGGACUACUCAGAAUAGUUUAUCGUGCAAAACUAAUUGUACAAUUGUGAAUCAGAAUUAGCUCAGCAUUUACUUUUCGAAGUUUAAAAUGGUCAGUUUUAAUUAUGGAACUGAAUUUACGGACGAUACACUGUCCCCUUACGUUUACGUGGGGUUGAUCGUCAUGUCAUUCUGGUUUACUCUCGUCAGUACUGUUUUGAUUGCGACGUCUCAGUUAAAACUUCGACACUUACGCCAAAGUCUGAAAAAAUUGCACAAUGAAACAACGUCAGCCUCCUCAAGACCCAAUUGAAGAUCAUCCAACACCUGGAUAUAUUAAUUAAUUAACGACCUGAACCAAAAAUACUAAAAGUCAACAUUCACCAUUUACAUAUAUAGUUUUGUUUUGUAACGAAAGUAGUUGUUUAAAGUUUUUAAAUAAAAUGCCGUCAAUCAAUGAUAUUCCC